UGUUCUUUUGUUGCCACUCAGGCGACGGUAUAAAUAUGCUCGAUUCAGAUUUUGUCGCUCAUCGUUCCUCCUAACCUUACUGCUCCCCGCCAUGGCCGUUCAUGACAUGAGGUAUCAGCUGGCUCCGCCUUCUUAUCACUAUUUCACCUUUUCCAUCGACGUAGCAGCAACUCUAGAGUUGUACUGCGACGGAGGCGACGAAGCUAUGUCGCAAAAGUUGGAAGGUCUGCAGGAUCGCCAAUAUGCCGGUCAAUGCUUGGAAGUUGAACGGUCAACUGGCGAAAAGACUCCGAAAUACAGAGUUAUCAGCAUUCGGCCAGUACAACAAGGCCUCACGAAGCCUCAUCCUCGGAACCCCGACCAUGCGCGGCCUACUAUGUGUGUUCCUAUCUUGCCAACAACGGCCCAUCCUAGGUCAAGGGAAGCUCUUAAGGUGUCGAAGCCACUGCCAUGGGACGAUUGCUACCACCCUACCUGCUACAAUCUUUGGGCGCGUGUGCUAUCCGAAUGGCGAGACUAUCAUGACUCGCCACGUGCGAAAUUUUCCGUUUCGCUUUUCAAAGCCCUUGAAGAGGAUGAGCUUCACCGCGACUUACUCCGAGCUGGACUAGACGAUGCAAAAAUCCAGCGAAUUCUUGAUGGUCAAGAAGACGCCCCGGACACAGACGACGUUUCAGAGACUGAUAGCCAUACCUUGCAAACGUUCCUGGCCAAGAUACCAGGUUCUGAUGAUCCUGAAGAAGAUGAAAUAUUUGUGCCCGUUAUGCCUAUGCGGAGACGUGGAUCUUUUCCGGGAGAUUGUACAGGAGUAUCAACUCGCACGCUACGGAUCUGUCCUUUUCGAUCCGCCGCAGGGUCCGGAGGUCGACGACACGUCUAUUCCUGACAACGCUUCGUGGAAUUAUAGUAUCACGUCAGGGAUAUCUUGCUCAGGUUUGACGGAAGAACUCAGCUCUGGUUCACCGGACACACAUGAACUGAACUCGACGCCCGAGGAGUCUCCUCCGGUACCGGAGCCUGUGAGCCAGAAAGGAAAAUGGAGAGUCAAGUCGCUCUUCCGGCGA